AUGAAAAACUGUCAAACAGAGAUAUAAAGCUCUGAAGAGAAACGAAAAAGAGAAAGGUCGGCCUACAAUUUAAAGAGCAUUACAUUCUUGCUGGGCCUAAUGAGUAACACCUAAAUAACAAACUCAAACAAAGAAAAAAGCUCUGAAAACAGUUCAGAAUUCAAAUAAAUAUGCAACCUUAUGAGUCAAAGUUUCCUCGAAAUAUGGGGGGAAGACAAUGAUCCAUCUCUUCAAUACUUCCCGUCAAUAUAACCCUUUACAGACUACAAAAUUAUCAUGCAACAGAUGAGGAGAAAGAAGGUCUCUGGAUUAUUAUUUCUAUCAUGUCUAAUAAAUCUUAUUAACUUGCUGCUGCCUGAGAGUUCGCCCAAACAAUAUCAAAUAUAAAAAAUGGAAUAUAAAGAUUAUGAAUCCAUAAAUUUGCAGGUGACCAGAGAAUAUGCCGAGUCAUAUUCUUCAAUAAACUACAGCAGAUACAUAAUAAAUCUGAUUAUUGCAUGCAGUAUUUUCUGUUUUUCAAUCUAUGUAGUUUUCUGUAGUCACAUUAACUUUUCUGGUACAUAAAAAGGAAUAUACAGGCUUUUCGUAUCAUUAAUUGCACAAUACAUCACGGCAUUUAUGUUUGUACUAUUUCCUUAAACUUUCUCUUAUUAAUUCUUUGUGAAUAUGGUGCUCUUGUUCACAAUGCUGGUUAAGGAGGGAUUCUCUUCGAGAAUCCAUACCAUAAUACUCUUAGGGAAUACAUUCCUGGUCAAUUACUUAGCCAUCGAAAUGUUUUCUUUCUUUCAAAUGGAAUAACAAUAGGCAGAUGGUCACAUUAUGAUAUAGAAACUGAAUAACAGUCUCGUUAAAAGACUUGUUGAGAAAAUUAAUAGCUUGCAAUAAAGUCUAGAUAUUAAAGAUACCUACAAUGCCUCUAUGAUUCAUGAGCUUAGAAAUCCCCUCAACGCUAUCUUAGGAGCAAUCGGCCUACUCAAAUAUUCUCGUAGUCUUUCAAAGGAAGACCAUGAAACCCUUAACAUUGCUAAUAUGAGCGGAGAAAUUCUUAUUACUCUAAUAAACAAUGCAUUAGAUGGAGCGAAAAUUGAAGCAAAUAAGCUUGAACUUGACGCACAUAGAAACGAUAUUGUCGAGACAUUAACUAAGUCUGCAAGUCUUUUUUAAUGGAAGGCAAAGGAGAAAAAUGUCAAUAUAUCCCUCAAAAUAGGGAAGAAAAUUCCUAAUUUAGUCGAAAUCGAUGAGGCAAGAAUCACCCAAAUACUAGUUAAUAUUAUCGGGAACGCUGUUAAGUUUACCCCAGAGAAUGGAAGAAUUAAAGUCAGAGCAAGAUUCAUCCCUGAGGAUAGUAAUCUUAUGAUCAGAAGAUCAUCAUAAAACGAGGAAUAUGAAGAAAAGUUCUUUGACAAUAAAGAACUUUUAUAGGACAUGGGAUAGAACUCUGAGGAACUAGGAGAAGAAGAUUAGAGAUCAAACUUCAAAUUUACUUAAAAUGGAUCACACACUCCCAUUGACUGUGAAUUAGAUUCUUUCACAGACAAAUCUGUAGAGCCCUUAACUAGCAUUUAACAGCUUCUAAAUCCAUAGAAUUAGGGGAGACUAAAUUUUAAACAUGAGUCAUUCACUAGUCUAAGUAAUAUUGAGUCCAUUGAUGAAAGACAAAUCAGAUCCAAAAAUCAUAUUAGCGAGAGAGAGAUGGGUUUUAGAAACUCAUUUCAUGAAUGGUCAGCAUAUUAAGUUGCUGGAAGUCCAGGCGAUGUAUUUAAACAAACUGCCUUAAACUAGAUUUAAUCAUCAGAUAGAUCAGUAUAAAAUGCAUUAAGCUCUGUUGAGCACUGCUCAGGAGCUGUCAACCAUAUUUAAAAUUAAAAUCAAAGAAACUCAGCUGACUCAAGUCUUAAUGAGGCCCUUAAUAAUUCUCUUAGGUAUAAAUUAUUGAAGAGCCAAUUCAAAAAUCAACAGCUACACAGCGGGAAUGUAACUAGAGAUCUUUCUACUGUUUCUUUGGAUUCAAUUCAUGCCGACGAUCAAUCAUCAUAGCAACUUACCUUGACAAGCUAGUAAACUAAUUCUAACAAGCAUUUGCAGAGACGCAAAACUCCGACAAAGUCUAAAUUUUAUCAAUAAAAUGAGAUUAAUGGAUAGGAAGAUGAUAGUGAAUAAGAAGAGUUUAAGUAAAGCUUGCAACAGCAAUUCAAUCAAUAAUACUCCAGAUAGGUUAGCUCUUAAAAGAAGUUUUCUUUCGUGAACAUUGAUCAGCUCGAUGCUUCACAAAAUUUUUAAAACGAAAAUAAUUUGGUAAAAUCUGAACAACUUCAUUUGAAUCUUAAAUAAAUUGACUAGAAUGAGACAAAUAUAAUUUAAGUGGUUAAGGGUAACCUUGUUAUAGAAGUCAUUGACAGUGGAAUAGGGAUAAGUUAAGAAGGUAUUAAGAAGCUUUUCUAGCCAUUUUAGCAGGCAGAAAAAUCAAUCUAAGCUAAAUAUGGCGGUACUGGAUUAGGUCUUUGGAUAACUAACAAGUUAAUUAGCUUAAUGAGAGGUAAUAUUGAUGUCAAAUCAGAAUUGAACAAAGGCACAACAUUCUCUAUGACAAUCCCAGUAGUUGGUGAAUACAAUGACAGACAUGAUAGCAGCACUAAGGGAAACUAGCCAAUAGUUAGAGUUGACGAGGCAUCAUCUGGAUCACUUACUCCAAAUAAAUAGAUUUAAGCUCAACCAAUGAUAAGAUAAAUGAAUACCGUAAAGUCGGAUUCUCAAAGUGAAAUCAGCGUUUUACUUUUAUAAGAUGAUGAAAUUAUGAAAAAACUUUUCAAGAAGUAUCUGUAAAAGUAGCAGAUUCAGUAUAUGUUUGCUAAGAACUUCAAGGAUUUAAUUAGACUUUUCAAGCAUUAGAAAUAUGAUGCUUGCUUCAUCGAUAUUGAUGUAAGCGUGAGUGUAGAGGAUCUAGAAAGUCUAGUUAACCACACACUUGGUUUGAAACCAAAUAGCAAUAACUAUUUUUGCAAAAUCUAUAGCCUUUUCUCUCGUGAUAUUGAUAAAUCAAAAAGCAAGUAUCUUUAAAGAAACAAUAUCAAAUGUAUAAAAAAACCAAUCUAAGGGUAUUAAAUUAACAAGAUUUUAAGAAGAAUCAAGACCAAUAAUGUAAGCUACAUCUAAAGGGCAAAAUCAAAUGUCGGUAUGGAAAAUCAAUUUUAUAUAGACGAUAUUUCUCAAAAAACUCCAUCAGUUCAAAGAUGUAGUUAGAAAUAAAAAACCCAACCAAUCUAAAAGACUUAGAGAUAGAUUAGUAUUCAACGUGAAAUUAUGCCAGCCUUAAGAGAGGUUGAUUCAAUGUUUACUCUUAAUAGAAGAAUGAGCUCCUCAGAACAUAAAGUUUAAGACGAGAGCCCAGAUAAAAGAGUUAAUAGUGGAUAAAAUAAAUAUCAAGAAUUAGGAUUCCUUAACUUCCAGAGGUAACAAUCGAGAGGUGAAUCUAGCAAUACUCAAAUCAAUAAAUAACCAGGAUUCAGCUCUCAGUAGAGAAGUGGACAUUAACCGAGGGGAACAAACUCUUCAUCCUUGAAUUCUUCAAUCUAAAAUUUCUACAAUCAAAACAUCGUCCCUAAAAUAAACUAAAAUAUUCAAAGGAUUAGAAGAUAAGAGUUGCAUGAUUCAUCAAAUACUAUAGUCUCUGAUAGUCCAAGAUGCUUGGACAUGAACAAGAAUCAAAAUAUUAUUAGAAAGAAUAGCGCUGCUUUUGAAACUCUGAUGAUAAAAAAUAUGAAAUUGGUUGAAUCUCCCCAUUUUAAGGAAACUUAUAAGAGCAAUCAUACAAAUUCUGAUGAGGAAGAAAAGAAGUCAUUUUCUCAAAACACUAACAUUCUAACUCCUCACUUCAAUAAUUAGUCUCUGUAUUCUCCAUCAUUUAUAGGUGCAUCUGACAUUAUCUCGAUUAAAAGAGACGCUGAUGGAGAAAUUUUCUAGGAAUCCUCUGACAAUAAUCACUCAAGCAAAAGAGCCAAAAUGAGCAGUAGAUUAAGUAGAGAGCCAGAGAAGUUAAGUAGAACUCUUCCAAGUGGAGCAGUUGCUGCACCUUAAGUCUUGACUAAUCCUUCUUAAUUUAAGAGAAAGUCAGAUGAGAUAAUUGAGAAUAUAAAAUUCAAUUCAAGCAAUGUAGAAGUAAAGUCAGGUUUUAGAGCAGUAAUGGUGGUUGAUGAUAACAAAAUGAACCAAUUUAUUGUUCAGAAAAUGCUUGAAAAGGUUCCUGAAAUAUCAAAAAAGAAGGUUUAAAUCCUAACUGCUGACAAUGGAGAAGAAGCAUUUCAGAAAUAUCAAUAAUAGUUUGAAGAUAAAACUAUAGCCUUAAUCUUAAUGGAUUGUGAAAUGCCAAUCCUUGACGGGUACGAAGCAGCCAAAAAGAUUCGAGAGCUAGAAAAUUCCAAUAAGUCAGCAGAUUCUAUAGUCUCUAAUAAUUGCGUUAUUGUUGGCUUAUCUGGAAAUUCUGGAGAACAACAUUCAAGAAAAUGCAAACAAGCUGGAAUGAAUGAAGCAAUAACCAAGCCAAUUGUAUUUGAUUAACUACACAAUAUUGUUAAGCAAGCACUUGACCCUAAAACCAAAUCUCAGCAAAUCAAUCCAAUUGGAGGUCUUAAGAAAGUUACAUUGACUAUGAGUAACAAUUAAAAUGGUGGAUAAAGUCAAAGAAUGUACAGCUAAAGCGUCAAUAUUAGCAACGUUUCUAAAUAAGAAAAGUAAUUCGUUGAUUAAAACAAUAAAGCAGUCAAUCAUAAAUCCCAAUAGUGA